GGAAAUAAAUUACUAACACAGUUGAGAGAAAUAGUAUUUACAAAUAUUUGUAUUUCUUAAUUGAAACAUCUUUACCCCGGUCUGAUUUUGAACGAUUAAAGAUUUCUCGCAAUUUCCAUUCCCUUAUUGAAAUUUUCGCCGCGAACAUGAGAUUCAUUUCGAUUCCCAUAAACGACGUAACGAAAACGCGUUGCCUCGGCUGAAAUGCAUUUAUUGUUCGAGGCUGGCAAUUGUAGAGGCACGGGUACUGUGACUGAUUGUAAGACUGAUUUAGCUUAACGGGGAUCAUCAUCGAACUUUCAGCUUCCUGAAAGUGACGCGGAUGCGCAGAAAGUUUGACGUCAAACGGUCUCGGUUAAGGGACAGGACCUUCCGACUGCCAUAGAUAUUGAUUUCCCGGAGUUUUGAGGUUUCUAGAGCAGCGGACGUUGUAGCGCAGACGCCAUCCUCAACAUGGCGGUCCAUCAGACGCGAAUCGUUUCGCGUCGCGUUUCAACCCGUUCGGUUUGGCCCGGUGUAGGAUUUUCGGGAAACAAUAGGGCCGCAGCUCGAGAGAGCCAACCGUAGUCUCCGAUUCCUCGAGCUAGUGGACUGGUCCCGAUCAACAUGGCAGGCGAGACAUGUGCCGCUGUCACGUGCUUUCUGAUCGCGUCGAUCGCAGUCGCCAAUGGACAAUUUUUAUCCACGGAACAUAAAACUCCCCAAGCUUCGGAACGAGUGAACGAUUUAUGGUGUUAUCAGUGUGACACAAUGGAAGAUGGAGAGAGAUGUUCCAAUCUAACCGGAAAUUAUAGUGCUUUCGAGCACAAGUGCACUGGUGACAAAAGGACUUGCAUGGUGAAACGAUUAUCUUACACGUUUAGUACCGAGAAUUCCACAUCAAGCCCACUAACGUGGUCCACAGAUAGAAACUGUACAAGCAAAUGUGAACCCGGAUGCACAGUAAUUGGUGUACGUACAAAAUUGUACACUUGCACCGCUUGCUGCGAGCAAUCGUUCUGCAACGUCGGCACCGGUGCUGCCGAUCCGCAGUCUAGUUAUUACUAAAUUUAUUUCUCGUUCAUCUUAUUUUAUGUUGCGCAUGAGUCCACUGUGUCGUAAUUUGUUGCACAGAGUUUUAAUGUGAAAUGUCAAAAUAAUGAGAAAGGCGUCGCGCAAAAUGUCGCCCGUCUUUUGUUACAGGACAGCAUCCGUGGGGAAAUGUUAAUGAUAACGUUUGUAUAUUAUUGUAAAUUUCGUGGACUCGAGGUUUAGUGUACAUACAUUAAUUACAACUAUAUUGUGGAUCUUUGUGGAGAAUUAAUGAUCUAUGCAUCUAUUUGAAUUGAAAAUUUACUUACUUAUUAUUAGAGAGAGAGAGAGAGAGAGAGACUAUGAAUUCUCUUUUCAUUUUUAGCGUGUUCAGAUUUUUACAAUGAAAGUAUUAAUCAACAAGGUCUAAUGGCAUUCUUAUUUUAUUUUUACAACGAGUGAUGUUUUAAUUGACGAAAGAAACUUGUCUUCAGUUCGGAAUAAAGUUGGUGUCACAGUUCAAGUUUUUGUGAAAUGGUGUAUCAAAAUGAGAGUUUGCUUGAAGAUCCGCAGAGUGCUUAUUAUUGUUGAAAAGUGCAUAGAGAUAGCAGUUUAAUUAUAAAUAAUGUCUUCGUUGAACAUAUUUCAAGCGAACUCGGCUUUUCAAGUAUAUAGUACAUUAAUAUUCACGAUUUCCUUGAUUUACAUUUUUGUGCAGGUCAAAGGUCGAUAUAAUUCGUUUAUAUUAACUUCCACAAUUAAAUUCUUUGAACUUUCUAUUAGCAGACGGAUUGAAGGAAACCCCCUUUAUACUGUUACUUAAACUACUUUAAAAUUUCAUGUUUUCACACAUGAAUUUUCUAAUAGAAAUCUGUAAAUAUUGAAUUCGUUUCUUAAUAAUUCUUGAAGUGAGAUUACUUUAUGUUACACCGUUACAAUAUCUACCUUAUUCUACAAAUAUAAAACUGUUAACAAAUAA